GGGCGUGCUCCCGGCCCCGCCUUCACGGCCGGGUCAGAGGAUCAGAUUCCAGCCUAGCUCUUGCGAAGCGUCUCCGCUCAGCACAGAAACCAGCACCAUGCCCAUGAUCCUGGGUUACUGGGACAUCCGCGGGCUGGCUCACGCCAUCCGCCUGCUCCUGGAGUACACGGGCUCAGACUAUGAGGAGAAGAAGUACACGAUGGGGGACGCCCCGGACUAUGACAGAAGCCAGUGGCUGAGUGAAAAAUUCAAGCUGGGCCUGGACUUCCCCAAUGUAGGUGCAGGGCCUGGGCUGCUGUGGGGGGAAGUGGACGGUGUCUCCUUCCAUCUCCUUUCCCAGCUGCCUUACUUAAUUGACGGGGCUCACAGGCUCAUCCAGAGCAACGCCAUCCUUCGCUACAUUGCUCGCAAGCACAACAUGUGUGGGGAGACAGAGGAGGAGAAGAUUCGCAUGGAUGUGUUGGAGAACCAGGUUAUGGAUGUCCGUUUGUACCUGGCCAGGAUCUGCUACAGCCCUGACUUUGAGAAACUGAAGCCUGGUUGCUUGAAGGAGAUCCCUGAAAUAAUGAAGCUCUUCUCAGAGUUUCUGGGGAAGCGGCCUUGGUUUGCAGGGGACACGCUCACCUACGUGGAUUUCCUGGCUUAUGACGCCCUUGACCUGUACCGCAUAUUUGAGCCCAAGUGCCUGGAUGAAUUUCCAAACCUGAAAGACUUCAUUUCCCGUUUUGAGGGCCUGAAGAAGAUCUCUGCCUACAUGAAGUCCCAUCGCUUCCUCCCAGGCCCUCUGUUUCUAAAGCUUGCCGUGUGGGGCAACAAGUAGUGCCCUGUACCCAGGAGAUGGGAGUGGGAGCCAGUGCCCUGGAGACCAGGUGGACUUCCCUGCACACAGAACUGUCUUUUUCCUUCUCCUUCUAUUCACUCUAGAUGCCUUCUUGACACCUUCUCUCCCUCCCAGUGCCCUUUUCAUCCAUCCUCUGAAGAUUCAUUUCCCCACAUUUCUACAGCAAAGUUAGUCCCUGACCUCAUGUUAUCCUUCCUGCACUAAGGCCAGCCAGACGUCCCUUCCCUUCCACGGUUGCUUCUGCUGUGAGGAGCCCAACCAGACCCCUGGCCCAUAGAGCUCUGCUCUGAGCUCCCAGCACUGCCCUGAAGACCAGAACUGGCCUGGUGUGCAGCCCUGCUUCCCAGUGUGGUUCCUGCCCCGCCCUGUCUGAGCCCCAGUAAAGCCUUAAUCAUCUGU